UGUCACCAUUGAGAUAACCUUUUCCAAUAAAGUUGUUGUAAAACAACAACCCAACUGGCCUCAGAUAUUCAGAGGUGAGACGAUCACUCUGACAUGUGAGGUGCAGGAAGGAGGUGAAACCACUGAGUGGGAGUAUGAAUGGAGAGGACCCAGCACACCCACACAGUGGACACACAAUAAUGAUGUGACAUUCAGAGUUUCUGAGUCCAGCAGUGGAGACUACAUGUGUAAGAGCCGACGCAGAGAUGACUCAUAUUCUUCAACAGAGUGGAGUGAAGCCUUCACAUUGUCAGGAUCAACAAGUAAACCCAGAGCCACACUGACGGCACACAGUUCAGUCAUACCAGCAGGGGGCAGUGUGACACUGAGCUGCUCUGUGGAGGGCUCUGCUGGCUGGAAGUUUGACUGGUUCAGACGUGAUUCAGUCUCUUCUAAAGCUCAGCUCAUGAGAGGAAAUGAAGCAAACAGAGUUAUUAGUGUCUCACAAGGAGGUCUGUACCACUGCAGAGGAGGGAGAGGAGAUCCAGUUUACUACACAGAGGACAGCAGUGACGUCACAGUUCAGGAGACUUUUCCCAGUAAGCCCACUGUGACCCUGCAGCCAUCCUGGACUCAGAUAUACAGCGGUGAGACAGUCACUGUCAGAUGUGAGAUUCAGGGAGGUGAAGGAGCUCAGUGGACGUAUGAAUGGAGAGCAGCCAAGUUAAACACACCUCCAACAUCCAAUGAACACAGAAUCAUCAGAGCUACUGAGUCUGACAGUGGAGGAUACAGCUGCCGGGGCAGAAGGGACUAUUUCUUCUCAGAGUGGAGUGAUAUCAUCACACUGACUGUAUCAUCAAGUAAACCCAGAGCCACACUGACAGCACACAGUUCAAUCAUACCAGCAGGGGGCAGUGUGACACUGAGCUGCUCUGUGGAGGGCUCUGCUGGCUGGAAGUUUGACUGGUUCAGACGUGAUUCACAGUUUUCUGGAGCUCAGAAAAUAGGAGCUGGAACAUCAGAGCACACUAUCAGUAUUUCAGAAGGAGGCAUCUAUUACUGCAGAGGAGGGAGAGGAGAUCCAGUUUUCUCCACAGAGGACAGUGCUCCAGUUGCAAUUCAGAAACAAGUUUUGGCUGCUGUGAAGCUGCAGCACAGCUGGUCUCAGAUAUUCACUGGUGAGACAAUCACUCUCAGAUGUGAGAUUCAGGGAGGUGAAGGAAAGGUGUGGAAAUAUGAAUGGACAGCACCCAACACAAACAGCCCUCCAACAUCCAGUGAAUACAGGAUCAGCAGAGUUUCAGUGUCCCACAGUGGAGACUACAGAUGUCGGGGUAGCAGUGACUAUCUCUUAACAGGAUGGAGUGAUGCCUUCAGACUGACAGUUUCAUAUAAACCCAGGGCCACACUGACAGCAGCAACAACAAUCAUACCAGUAGGGGGCAGUGUGACACUGACCUGCUCUGUGCAGAGCUCUGAUGGAUGGAAAUAUGAGUGGUUCAGACGAACCCAAAGAACCUCUGAAGUUCAAAUCAGAGAUCAACAAAACAGAGAUAUCAGAGUAUCUCAAGGAGGAAACUACAGCUGCAGAGGAACAAGAGGAAACCCAGUUUACUACACUGAUGAUGCCACCAUUGAGAUAACCUAUAAACCAAAGGCCACACUGAGAGCUGAUAACACAGCUGUUCCAGUAGGGGGCAGUGUGACCCUGACCUGCUCUGUGAACCCAUCAUCAUCUGGAUGGAAAUACUACUGGUACAGAGAUGGAAAUUACACUGAACCCCUGACCACACAAGAUGCAGUUUUCCACUCAAAUGGACAAAUCAGUGUCUCACAGGAAGGACUCUACAGGUGCAGAGGAGGAAGAGGAAACCCAGUUUACUACACAGAGGACAGCCAAGAAGUUCAGAUUAACACAACUGUAACUGUGUCAGGAGCUGACAGCUCUUCAUCUCCUGUGUGGUUGAUGGUUGGACUGGUUUGUGGAGUCUCUCUCAUUAUUAUUCUCCUGCUCUUGUUGUAUCUCUGCAGACAGUCCAAGUAUUCCUGCUUCACCAGGUGGAUCCAGUCUGAGAGUCACCGUCCGGGCUCCUCCACAAAUCAUGGAGUCAACCAGGAUGAAACUCAUGAAUACAACUCUCUUCAUCCUGUACGGAAGCAUCACAAACCAGAGGAGAGUGCUGUUUACUCUGAGGUGAAGAUGGGAGCUGCAGGUCAGUGAGGAGAGCUGUAGCAGCAAAGCCAAGAAGAAGCUUUUUAUGAAGCCACUCUUGCUCCUCUGCUCCCCAAAUAUCAGACAUGCUCAGCUUUAUGUACAGUUACAAUAUUAAAUCAUAAUAUCAGACAUAUUGCUCUCCUUUAGUAUAAAACAAAUGGAGGUGUAUUCAUGCUCUUUAUAUUCAGAUAUUUUUUAUAAAGAUUUUGUAAUAAACCUUGAAUGUAUCUAACAUGUUCCAACAGGAGUGAGAACAAAGUGGGAAAUAUGUGAUCUUUAGUAUCUGACAGCACAACUUAAAGUCAGUGUUUGCAGUGUUUCACAAGUAAAUACUGAUAUGGGACCAACAAAUACUUUAACUGUUUUUGUCUAAAGAUCUCGUACAUUAUAUAAAUAAAAAUUAUUUUCUAUUAAAUGUGCAUAUAUAUCAUGUAUAUUUUUGUUUCUGAUCGUUCUGUGCUUCUGUAGUUAGGAGAAAUAA